GUUAGCGUUCUUUUUUUGUCUUGAGUUUUUACCAAAAAUUUACAAGGCUUUGUCGUUUUCUGGCUUUGAAAGAGAUCAUGUAAAUUUUGGAAGGCCAUGCCGACGGCUGGUGAAGCGAGACUGAAAUCGCAAUCAUCAAAAAAGACAGCGAAAGAUGCAGCUUCCCAUAAAGGAAAUACCAAGGCAGUCAAGCCCAGAUCUACCAAUACUGCGGAAGCAUUAAAGAGCAAGAAGACCACAUCAAAACCAACUUCAGGGAAAAGCUCAAUUCCAGUCCCUGUGAAGAGAGGAGUGAAAGGAAAAGAAAAUGCAGAUCCAGCCAUCAAGAAAUCCACAAAAGUUAAAAAAGCUCCAGACUUCAGUAAACUUCAUCAAAAAUGGGAAAACCAGUUUUCCAAGGGCAAGGCAGUUGCAAAGAGGAAAAACACAAGGUUUAAACCCUUUGACCUUGCUGUAAGUGGCCAACAAACUCAAAAUUCAAAAAAACCAUAUGCUUAUAACAGUGAAGAUGAACAGGACGCAGUUGCAGAUAGUGACAAUGAUGACUUUGAGAUUGACAGCACAGCCUUGAAAGAAAUCUUAACUAAUACAGGAAUUAAGGACGAGGAUCGCCGAAUUACUGGUCGAGCGACAAUUGCAGGAAUACCCUCAAGCAAAUCAGGCCUAACAACUCAUUUAGCAGAAGGGACUGCCAAGAGAACUUCAAUUUAUUAUACGGGACCGUCAACCCAGCAUGCUUUGGAAGCGUCAAGUCGUGUGUUCCGUACACCACGUGCUGCACUGACCAAUGCGUCCUCCCUGAAACAGCGUCAACUUGACAAUGCACUCGCUACGUCCCAGGCUUCCUCAUGCGUAAAGAAACAGGUAGCCUGGGCAGACGAAGAAAACGAAGAAUUCGAAUUUCAACCUGAUAGCCAGGCCCUACAAAGUAUUCUGAGCAACACAGGGAUAACUUUUAACCAAUCUAACGCCCAGCCCACCGGCCGAGUGACCUUAGCAGGCGGGCGGGUCACUCCAAUCCGCAGAGCACGACAGUCCUUUCGGGAGCCGGAACCUAAAAGGACGUCCAUAUAUUAUACGGGCCCCAGACUUACGCGGCCAAGCCCAAAAGCGCGGGGAAUGGGACGAACUUCUGUAUUUGGCGCAAGAACUGGCUCAAGACACGUGACUACUGGCUCAGCUGCAAGUUCACAGAAACUUACCAUUUACGAUCCAUUGGCGACAAUGGUUGGCAGGCAAGGACACCCAGAACUUGAAAACAAACCCAUUGCCAGUUCAGGAGCAGUGAAGGUUACUACAGCAAGUUGCGAACCAAACAUACAAACCGCAAGUGGAAAUCUUCUGUUUACACCAGCACGGGAACAAGUAUCUAAUGCUGGGUUCGUCUCUGCCAGAAAUCAACCAAGUUGGGCAGAAAUUUUCACACCGCAACGAGCCACUAGUGCUCAGGAUUUCGAAGCACAGGUUGCUCGUUCGCAAGCUUUUCACGAGCCACUACGGACUCCAGUGAACCAGCCAUCUCUUCAAGGGGAUAUUUGUACACCGCAGCGAAUAACCGGUGUUCAAAACGCCUCGUUAGCACAAGUGCCUGGUCGGUUGAUCCUCUCGAAUUCUUCUACGCAACCCCUAAGUGAAUUGAAUCCACAAUCCGACACUCUAGCGACUCCAUUAAGGCACGUUGCCAUUCCUUCCGAGUCGUUUAGCUCAGACCAUCCACCGAAUUGGUCCGAGAUUUUUACACCGCAACGCGCUACGAGACAACCUGAAGCCAUGAUGACGAAUCUCACAAGCAAUCCUCUGUCUACCCCUGUGCAGCAAAGUUUGCCCACGAACCAGAGGUAUGGCGCCAUAAAGGACUUCGGGUCCAGGCUACGAUGCUCCAAGGUAGAAAUUACAAGUUUCAAACCCGACACAGAUACGAGCUGUUUUCCAAGGGAUGAACUACAAGAACCCAAGCAGAUGUCUGACAUCCAAGAUGAGCCGUUGUUAACUCCUCUACAGGAAGAGGAUGACGUUACUCGGCUGGAGCGUCAAGCGCUUGAAGAUUUAGGUUUGCUUGAAAUUACAGAGGAAUCACCAGUAGACACUCAAGGCCCUCCUGGCAACCUUCAAACGAGACCACGGUCAGUACCAACAAGUCGGUCGGCGGAGAUUGCAAGUGACCUCUUUAGGUCGUCAUUUAACCCAACAUCUCAAACUUCAUCGGGUUCUCAGUACUCAAGGUUCUCUCCAGUGGUGAGGUUGGCCACCCCCUCUCCCAUGAGGCAGUCUUCAACAAAUUACCAUGUUGCUUUGCAGAACCGGUCCCAACAAGGUACAAGAACUCCAUCUGCCAUUCAGUUUAACUCAAAUCCUCUGCAUUGUCACCGAGAUUUGCCAGCAAAUAUCGCUCCGAGCGUCGAAGCAAAUCACACAUGUGACGAUUUUCUUCGGAAUCCGGUGAAUUUACAAUAUUCUCAUGUAAAUCAAACUCAAUAUGUGAUGCCUACUCCAGUAAAAGCCUCAUAUCGUUCAGCUUCACAAAACACGCUCGGAGAAGGGAUGGGUCAAGUUCAAACUUCGUCACGACAACCAUGCAGUAGAGCGGCAUCACGCAUGAGUCCUACCGAUACGGGAGCAACAAGAAGCCAACAAAAUCUCUGUAAGGAACCAUACAGUCGCCCUGUUCAAGUGGUAUCACCAACUUCGAAAACACAGGGAUUUACACGCACCCCUUCUGACAACAGGAGCCUUUCUCUUAGAUCAGCACUGGCCUUCAAUCCCAGGAAUCUAGACAGAUCCACCAUAGAAGAUUCAACAGCGGUCAGUGCUGAUGCAAGUACACCAUUUCGUUGGGAACCGAAUGUAUCCGAGGUUCUUUCGACUGCCUUUCGAUCAACGAUUUCUGGUUCCCGAAGAAUACCGAAAACGUUGGCUCAAGAAGCCCUAUUAGAUAUGGAAGUUUCUGUUUACAUGACAGCCGGCAGUGGUCGCUUGGUAACAUCUUCGUGGAGUGAAAGGCCGUUGAAUCCCUUGGCCAAAGCUUUCUUGGAGGGAGAUUCAAGGCACUUCCUACCAAUUAGCAAUCACUCGCGCUAGAAAUAGAGAGACUGCAGCGAAUUGGUAGCAAAGCCUGUAGCGACUUUAGCUAUGACUUGAAACAAGAAUUCCUUUUCCUUCGUGGAAAAAAUGACGGAAUUUACCUCACAGUUUGGUUAUCCUUAGCCAUCAUUGUUCCUGUUUAGUUAAUUCUUGCCUCUUUUUUAUUUUGAAGCGCUUCUCAAAUGAGUGCCAUAAAAAAAAACCCAAAGUAAUCACAACAGCCAAUCAGACCAUUGUAUGCUACGCCGAAUGUGACAAAAUAUCAACGCAACUAAUUAAUAAAUUAAGUCACACUCUUUGCUAUGAAGUUGCUUGUAAUUAGUAUCAAUUUGUUUGUUUACUAAAUCAUUUUUUUUUGCAAUUGACAUCACCUCUUGUCUCGUGCUAUUCAUGAAUUAAAUGUCCGAAUUACGUGCGCUUCGAAUGUCAAGUUCAAUUUUUUUUUGCAAUUCAAUGAAUUGUACGAGAGAAGAGUUGAUGUGCAGUGCAAAAAAUAUGAUUUAGUUAGCAAACAAAUUGAUACUUAUUAUAGGCAACUUAAUUGUAAAUUGUGUGACUUGAUUUAUUUAUUAGUCGCUUUGAUAUUUUGUCUCAUUCGGUGUGGCAUACCAUUAGCAACUAUCACGAGGAACUUAUAAAUACCAAAGUAAAAACGAGCCAACUGCUCAUAGCGCGGGAAAACGCGAGUGACCAAGCCGUGAUGGAUUUUACUUUUUAAUCUGAUUGGUUGGGAGAGGGGUGUGAGUUUUUUAGACCAAUCACAGAGCGAAGUUAAGCAAAACCAAAGCACUCUGGAUUUCUUCUGACACUCAAUCGAAAAUUGCUUUAUGUCAAAGUGACUCUCUCAGAUGCUCGAAACGUUUGGAAAUAUCCUGGCCAGGGAUCCGUUUGUCGAACGUCCCGGUAGAUACUGAUCCUCAGAAGCUUUUUUAUUGAUUUUUUUUGCUAUGGAUUUAUAAAUAGUUUUGAAAUUUAAACAACAAUGAUAUAGAAAUGCGGUAUGGACAGGUUUUUAAAGCUCUGACAUACUACUAGUUCUAAGACUUUUAUUUUAAACAAUGGCUUCAGCCCCUUUUAGUUGAUGGGACCUUCGAGAAACAGCUCCACUUCUAAUUAUGCGCCGUGCUGUCAACCUGAGUCCGACUGGGUAUAAUUAAGCUGGGAUUUUUUUUCUAUUCUGUGUGUGAAAACCGACCCUUGUUCGGUCAAUUGUUAUGUCUGAGUCUGAUAUAGAGCUGAAACGCUGCCGAAAUUGUUUUCGAUUGGUAGUGGACCAGAGAAACUAAAUUAGCAUCGAUUAUUGUAGAUAGGUUGUAUAUUUCUUUUUAUGGUUUCCUCAGAUGAAAAGAAAAUAAGUCGGUGUGGAGUUAAUUAUAUUUAUUUGUUUAACUGUAAAGCUUGUGUAGAUUUGUAAAUUGGUAGAAAUUAAAAGUUCGUUAAGUUAUCAAAGGAGCAACAGUGGUUUAAUAAAUCAUAGCUGGCAAGUGAAAGAAUAAAUGUUAGUCGGUGAACCCUUCUCUAUA